GGGAUUUUUGCGGUUCUGAUACAUUCUUUAGACUAAGCGGCUAAUUCUGCUCUAUUUUUGAGGAUAUUCGAGGAUUUUACCAUGCCAGAAGGACCAGAACUUUACAAAAACAGCCAAUUCGUGAACAAAGUCUGCAAAGGACUCGUUUUCAGUGGCAAGAUCGUGAAGUCAGCUGUUAGCACUAAAAACCCCGAUGUCUCCUUUCCCGCCAUGUGUGAUUAUUGCAUAACUUCAGAGUCUAGAGGUAAAGAAACUGCGCUGAUUUUGACGUCAUUAGGCUCUGAUGGCAAUGGAAAACAAAUCAAACAAGAGAACGAUUGCGAAAAGCAAAGACUCAGGAUUCUUUUUCGAUUUGGAAUGUCUGGAAAGUUUACGUUUGGUGCAGUAAAGGACAUGCAUAAACAUGCGCACUUGAACUUCUUUACUAAGGAGAAACCAGUCAUGGUGUUGAGUUUUGUAGAUGUUAGAAGGUAUGUUGGUUUAGUUUAGUUAGGUUAACUGUUGGUUUUUUUCUCUGGGAUGCAAUGGGUCGUAGAGAUACUACCUCAGCUGCCAAGGAAAGUAAAUUUAGCACCUCUUCAUUUGACCCCCAAAAUGGAGCUGGCUCAGCUAUAAGCUCCGCAGAGUACGAUGCAACGCGACAAGUUCCUCUGCGUGCUGAAAUAUGUUAAGUUGCAUGCAUCCCUCGCAAUACAACUAGGAGUCCUGAACUGUUGCAGUACUGUGUCUAAUUUUUUUCAGCUGCUGUGUUUAAUUCUAUAAUUAUGGCAAAAGCAAUAAGAGCUUGAAAAUGAGGGUUUGUGUGCACACCUAUUGUAUGCAGUACUCUGCAGUUUGGCUUGCUAUCAAUAAAAUAAACCUGCCUUCAAUUCAUCAGAGAAAUUUCAGCCUUGUUAGAGAGGUGAGAUGUCAGCAGAUUUCUUCCCUUUUGAUAUCACGAACUAUCCUUUGGGUGGGGCUGAAAAGUAGCAUCUCCUUGGGGUUACUAAGCAAGUAAAAGUUUUUACUUUUUAAGUAAAGUUACUUCAUAAUAGACCUGGCUCAUGGUGGAGUCUCUGUGGCUCAGUGGUAGAGCAUCAGAGUGUGGAAUCCAAAGGUCUAAGGUUUGAUUUCUCAUGGGGACUCAGAAUUUUUUCCUUAUCCCAUGCUUGUGACAAGCCAAAAAAAUGUCUUUCUCAAUUUUCUUAUUGUUUAGAUUUGGUCGAUGGGAAGUGACAGAUGAAUGGUCAAACAACAGAGGACCUGAUCCAAUGUUUGAAUACCAAGAGUUUAGAUCAAACAUUCUUGAUAAUCUACAAGAAACAGUAUUCAACAAACCACUAUGUGAAGUCAUGCACAAUCAGAAGUACUUUAACGGAAUUGGGAACUAUCUUAGAGCUGAGAUCAUUUUUAGGUAAGAACCUAUUAUUUCAAAGAGUCACUGUGUUCCUAUGAAACAUUGUUAGCCCACUGGACUUGAGAUUGGAAUGUGAAAUUUCCUAACCCUUUACACCCUAACAUCAGUAUGCAUGUUCUCUGUACUGUUCUCUAUACAUUUCCUAAGGUGCUGACAAGGAGAAUUUGUGUAACAAUCAAGAGCUUCUUUAUUUGGUGGUCAUUUCCUUUAUUCUCGUGACCUUAAUGAGUGAUUCAGGGUUGAUACAGCAAGGAGAAAUUAGAUGCUUAUCACUCUUAGGAUGUAAAGGGUUGAGACUUCCUUAUCAUAGCUAUGAAGAUUUUAUGUGUCUACUAAUUUUGAUUGGAAUUGUAGGUCUCUCUGAAGAAUGUGGGAUAAGUUAUGUUAGUUACAUGUACAUAAAUCUUUAUUAGAGAAUUUACCAAACCUUUUUCCCACAGGAAGUUAUAGAAAUCUAACAGCUAUUACAAAAUGUGGCUGAAAAUAAUACAAUUGAACUCAUUAAAUGCAUGAUCCUUUGUAUACUAAUUUAUACUCCACUGUUGGCCUCUUAUGUAUGUUGCAAACUCGGACCUCUUUUACUUGCUAAAGAAAAUGUCCAUUUUUUCAUUUUCCUUAAUUGAGGAUAGCAAAGGGUUGGUGGGAGAGGCGUGAUAUGUGAUGUGUUAAUUUUACAGAAAGGCAAGACAGGUGUGAUUUGUGAAUUUAUAAACCACAUGAGGUGUGAUUUGCCUCCUGAAGUGUACAAAUGUUUUUCUUUCAGUUCUUGAAAACCACAAGAUUUCCCUUAAACCUCAUACACAAGAAGAGAUAUUUAAAGUUUUCCCUUUUAAAUUUCAGGGCUGCUGUUCCUCCAUUUAGCUCUGCAAGAUCAGUGCUGGAAAAGCUCAAGGUAAAUGAGGAGGAAAGCAUGUCCAAGGUAAUUUUAAUGCCUGAGAAGUACAUUAUUUGGGAAAUAUAAGAUUAACCCUUUAACUCCCAAGAUCUUAUUAGUAAUUCUCCUUAAUGUCUGCUAUAUAGUUCUUAUGAUGUUAGUUCAGAGAAUUUAGUGUUGGAUCCACUAAUAAUCCCUUAAUUAAUAUUUUUCUUUAUUCUCAUUGCUUGUCUGCUUGAUAUUGUAUUGAUAGUGUAAGAAGAAAUUCUGUCUUGGUCACUCAUGGAAGUUAAAGGGUUAAUGUGCUUUCAGGGAAGGCUUGCAAAACAGGCUGGGAAUGAGUAUCAAGACAAAUAUUAACAUGGAGAUAUUGUUUGAUUUAAUAACAAAUUCUGAGAAAAACCAGAAGAGAAGUCUAGUGCAUGCGUCAAUUAACCCUUUAACUCCCAAGAUCUCAUUAGUAAUUCUCCCUACUGUCUGCCAUACAAAUCUUAUGAUGUUAGUUCAGAGCAUUAGGUAUAGGAUCAAGUAAUAAUUCCCAAAUUGAUAUUUUUCUUUGUCCUCAUCGCUAGUCUACUUGAUAUUGUAUUGAUACUGUAAGGAGAAAUUCUGUCUUGGUCACUCAUGGGAGUUAAAGGGUUAAGUGAAUUGAUAUUGUGAUCAUGGGGAAAAGGAAUAUAAAAAUAAAUUUAUAAUUUAUAUAGUGCUUAAUUGCAAGCUUUAAGAAACAAAUGUUUCAAAUAAAUGAAAUGCUGGAAAAUCCCAACUGGCAGGAGGCUGACCAGUUGGCUAUUUACACAGUACAGCUGAAGAGUUAAACUUGGGGGGACUGAGAACAAAUCCAGUGAGUAGCAGGGUGGAGGACUUGAAUCCAGGACCACCACAUUUCAAUUGCAGUACCCUAACCACUCGGGCAUGUCGACUCCAAAGUUUCAACCUUGCUAACACUGUCACUACAUGUAAAAGAACUACCAGUAACUAAGUUCUCUCAAAGUGCAAAGGGGUAUAAGUUUGUUAAGAAACAGUAGUGCUGCGUCGGUGGGAGAGUACGACAGGGUUAUUUAGUAUUACUGGCCACUGUAAAGAGUUUCAAAGCUGACCUUCUGAGAACUAUAGCCCUUUGUCAGAGCAAAAGCUCUGUAUCUCAAAGUGUCCUUGAUUCUGAUAAGGGAGUCAGACUAAAGGUAUUUUCUGAGCUUUUAGAUCGUAAUGAAUUUUGGUUGUCCUAUUGCAUUUUAGGUAGCUGCUUUUAUAGUUCAAUUGUGUUUUUAGUGAGUUUUGUAUUUUUGCCAUUUUAGGUAUCAAAAGGAAAGAAAUGUAAAGUUAAACAUCCAGACUUUCUAGAGCUUUGUAAUUUGGUGCCCAAAGAGGUGAUUAAUUUACGUAAGUCAGCAAUCAAUUUGGUUAUUUCUAUCCAGUUAUUACUGUUUCAUGAUAUCAUUUUUGUACUUCACUGGGUUGAUUUUGAAAUCCCUGACUCUGGCUGGAUCUCAAAAACACACGAGAAUGGAUUACUAAAACAAAGCAAUCAAUCAGAUUUCAAGGCAGUAUCACCCCUGAAUUACACAUUAAGGUUAUGAGGUUCAAGGAAAUGAUCAAGAACUACAGAAGCUCUUGAUUGCUGUACAAAUUCUCCUUGUCAGCACCCAAGGAUAUGUAUAAAGGACAGUUUGGAGAAUGUGCACACUGAUGUUGAGUUGUAAAGGGUUAAGGUUUAAGCUAAUCAAGAUCAGUGAAAUUAGAAUGCAAAAAAAAAAGACAUUUAGAGAUAGAUCUUACUAUUUGCGCUGUCAAAUUUUUGCCUUCUGUUUUGUUCUGCUCCUUGUAUCUAGAUGGUAAAAUUAUGCCUCUAUUUAGUUAAGUGCCAAAUGAACUUUUUAUCAUUCAAUUUUGGCAAUUUUGGGAAGAAAUCAUGCUUCUGAUUUAACAUCCAGCCCACACCAUGCACUCAAUUAAUUUUGAAAUCAUGUGCAUGAUUACAAUCCACCCAGUCAAUUGUAAUUAUUUACUAAGUCUUAACUUCGUUUAAAAUUAAAAUUUCCUUUCAGCAUAUGAUCCCACAGGAAAUUAUUCAGAUUAUUCUGCAUUCCUUGAGUGGCGUCAGUGCUACUACAAACCAGAGAUGAGGAACAUUGUGGACCAUGAUGGCAGGACCAUUUGGUUUAAGGUAUGCAGCUUGCAUCAUUUUAAAAUACUGCAUUUCUUAGAAUAAGCUCCCUGGCCUUUUAGCCAAGAGGAGAUGUGCCUAUUGGAAAGGGUGUUUUAUUGGGGGCAAGCUCAAUGGUAGCAAGGUGACUGUAAACCAAACGGUUGAAUCUUUAGGGAGGGUAUAACCACCUAACACAUAUUGUAUUCUGCUGAACAUUAACUGAUGAACAAGUUGACUUUAAAUGCAGUGAUUUAAGUGUAUUUGUGUAAAUAAUAAUUUUCUUGGGCAUGUUUUAAUUUAAUUCAACAGGGUGAAGCUGGACCUUUGGUGCCUAAAGGCAAGUUAUUUUAAUUUAAAACUUUUGAUUUAAAUAGUUAGGAAGUAUUAAAAGAGCAUUUAACCCUUCAACUCCUAAGAGUGAUUGACUUCUAAUUUCUCCUUACAUUUUCACCCUUGAAUUGAAUGUAAAGGUCAUAAGAGUGAAGAAAAUGAUCACCAACUAGAGAGGCUCCUGAUUGGUAAACAAAUUCUCCUUCUCAGCAACCAAGGAAAUGUAUAGAGAACAGUAUGGAGAAUAUGCAUGCUGAUGUUAGGGUGUAAGGGGUGAAUGACAAUGUAUGACAUUUUACAAGUAUUGAAGUUCACGUUUAUCACUGUUGCUAUGUUGACAGAAGACAUUUUUGAGUGCAGAUGAACUUAGUAGCCAUUUAAAAAUUACAGAAUGUUCACAAUCCAUGGGUUAUGGUGUUUCCUUCGGUGUCAAGCUAUACUUACACACUUCGUGAACAGGAUUGCUGUUAUACAAUAAAAAAAAAUUCAAACGGAUUUCAAUGUAAUGAUGUUUCAGUUAUUUCAACACUUGUCAGGAGUAAAAAUCUGCUGAUAACGGAGCUCCAGCGUAAGCGGAGCCUCAUACCCAAGAAAGUAUAUUAACCCAUGAAAAUCGGGAAAAUUUGGCCCUUAACGUCACUGCCAUACACCCAUCCUCCCGUAAUAGAUGUUUCUCUGUAUUUUUGUUAAAAGAUGCAAAAUCAAGAGGGAUGCGCACAUCUAAAAAGAGGAAAACAGAAAAAGUUAAAAAAGAAAUAAAUGGAGAUGAGGAAACGAAAGCAGUGAGUGAGGUAAUUUUGCAUAGUAUAGCACACGUUACCUCGUUAAAAAUCGCUUUCGAGGUUGCAUUUGAAUGCACGCACGCUUCAGAUAUGAAAGUUGGAAUCAGCUUGUACCUGGUAACACCUUGUAACAAUGUGUCUUGUGCGCACUGUUCUGUGCUAUCUGUUCCAAAGCUUUUUCGGUGUCUUUUUCGCACUGCUCUGUACUAUCUAUUCCAAAGGUUUUUCGGUAACCCGCUUUUUAUUUGAACCCCACAGUUUACUGAGCCUUACAAUAUGGAAGUGGUGAUCAGUAAUUUUUAUUUGAAUAGUCGAACAGUGGUAUAGGACCAUAGGCAGGACCACAUGAGAGUACUGCUCAGAAGCUUUAUUAGAGUGGUUACACAGUACGGUUUUAUCCACCUUGUGCAGCCUAUUAAAUAGUUUCCACAUAAAAGUGCCACUCAGUAGCUUUCUUUUGAAUGGUCACGCAGAAGGGUCUUCUCCGCUGACAUAAAAGUUAGACCCGCCUUGUACAGGAAAAUAACCAGUGCCACAUUUAAGUACUGCUCAGUAGCUUCCACGUCAGGGGUCACUCCGACUGAAGUUACGAGAAUCUACUUUGUAUUUGAGAGCCAAAACCACAACUUACAUUUUGGUUCAAUAAAAUUUUCCAGGACCAUGCUCCACCAAAGAAGAAGAAAAAGAAGACUCCGUCAAAAGCAACAGUGAAGAAAGGUAAGAGCUCUCAAAGGAACCGUUACCGAAGCGCGCUGUGA